AUGGCUUCUGCACCGAACGACUUGUGGGGAGGCGACUACGACCCGGCCGCCUUCCUUGCGCCCUGGGGCGCCCAUCAAUCCAGCAUCCCCAGGAUCCCCAGCGGUGGAGCGAUAGCUAAUCCUGAAUACUGCCUGUACUGUGCUACUGUGGCUGGCUCUGUUUUACUCCAGACUUUCAACCCGCAUCCCGAUUCCCGAACAAUUGAUGCUCCGCAAUCCCCUACCAAGGCCCGUGUGGAUCCUCCUCGAGCCCGCGUGAGCAAUGCGGCAAGGCUCAGGGCUUUACGAAGUACCAUCCUGUGCAACCGGGCUGGGCUCCCAAGUCCCGUGAGCCUCCUCAUAUACUGUGCCGUUGAGCUGCCUACAACAUUACAACGAGGCCGCAGUGUUACACUGUUAUCGAUGCACAUGUUGCUCUCCCGCAGCGAAGCGUGCGGCGAAAGACAGCCAGCGCAUUCGACGGAGGAGGACCUGCGGAGUCCCGUAUCCGUCUGCGCCAGUCCAUCACAAUUCCUUCCUCUGCGCAAAGGAGUUCACGGUGAUCCAAAUGCGUGA